AUGACACUAGUCGCCUAUUCAGAUUCUGAAGACGACAUCGACGAGCCUGUAGCCAAGCGCCCCAAGAAGCACCAUGACCAUAAGCAAGACGACCUCCCACCACUGCCAGCGUCGUUUUUAAAUUUAUACUCGUCCAGCGUCCGCGUCAGCAACACCGACGAUCCUUCUCUGCACCACGGCCGCAAACGCGUCGUCAAGCAUGUUCAAGGGAAUUGGCCCACCCAUGUCUAUCUCGAAUGGCUGCCAUCACCUGCUGAACACGACAAACUUAACAAUUUGCUCAAAGCCUUGCCAGAGUCGUCAAAUGUGCACUCUCUGCUGCAAACUCCACUACAAGUAUCCUUGCCUCUACACAUCUCUCUAAGUGCUCCGCUAGUAUUGCGUACCGGAAAUAAAGACGCUUUCCUGGAGACCAUCACAGAAGCCGUAACUCCGAUCGUUCGCUCACUGCGACAUCCAAUUGCAGUACGACCUGCCUCACUCUCAUGGCAUGGCAAUGACGAUAGCAGUCGAUACUUUCUAGUCCUCCGCGUCCAAGAUGCCGACCAAGGCCAAGACACGAGUGCCUUAACCCUACUAAACCAACUGCUCAGAGCCUGCAACAAGGUCGCCCAGGACUUCAACCAACCUCAACUCUACACCAAACUUAAGCGUCAAGCAGGAAGCAGCGACUUCUCGCCAUACUUCCACAUUAGCAUUGGUUGGUCUUUACCCUCGCCGGACCGAAACCUGGAAGACGACAACCUCAAGAUGCAACCAGCUGUGGAAUCUAUUCUCAAGGAGCUUUGCGAGAACAUGGUUGUAUCUUUCGACGCUGUCAAGGUCCGCAUAGGUCAGACCGUCACAGCUCUGCCGAUC